AUGUUCUUGAAAGGACUCUCUCUUCUUGCUGUGGCCGGCGGCGCCCAGUUUGCCAUCGCGUUCAGGGUUGUUACUGCCGAAGAGGCAUGGUCUGCAAUCAACCCCGGAUGGAAUCUUGGAAAUACUCUCGAUGCUAUUCCAGAUGAGACCAGUUGGGGCAAUGCGGCAGUGGUCGAAUCUACAUUCGACGAGAUCAAAAGAGCCGGUUUUAAGUCCGUCCGUAUUCCCGUAACAUGGACCGACCACUUUGCAAGUCAAGCUCCAGACUAUAUUGUUAAUCCAGCAUGGAUGAAUCGUGUUGAGACGGUCGUGGAUUGGUCUCUUAGUAAAGGUUUCUGGGUAGUCCUCAAUGUCCACCACGACAGCUGGCAAUGGGCAGACUUUACAAUUGAACCGGAAACUCUCGAGGAGAGGAAGACCAAGUUUGAGAAACUUUGGGUCCAGAUCGCGGACCGGUUCAAGUCAAAGUCUGAGAAACUCAUUCUUGAGUCUUUGAACGAACCAGCCGGUAGCAGUAGUCAAGAAAAUGCCGAACAAUAUAACGAUGCAAAUCAACGUUUUGUCAAUAUCGUUCGCUCUUCCGGUGGUUAUAAUGCCGAUCGCCUCCUCACCCUCCCCGGCUUGAACACAAACAUUCAACGCACGGUUGAUUGGUUUGUCGAGCCGGCCAAUGCUUCCAACUACAUCCUCCAUGUCCAUGACUACGACCCCUGGGACUUCGUCUCUACCUCCUGGGGCCGCACCUUUUGGGGAACGGCCGCCGAUAAACAGGCUAUUGAAGAUACUUUUAUCGCACUUCAAACAAAGUUCCAGGCUCCUGCAAUGAUUGGUGAGUGGGGUCUCACGGGAACGUCGGUAGAAAACGGAGCGGCAUGGAAUUACUUUGACUUCUUCGUCCGCACAAGUAAGAAGUACGAGCUUGGUGCACAACUUUGGGAUAAUGGAAACGAUCAUUAUGAUCGCGUUAACAAGAAGUGGAGAGAUCCAGUUAAACUGGCAAUCAUUCAGAAUGCGGUGAGGGAUAUUCCGAAUACGCUGCCUGCAUAUGACCAGCUUGCCACAAUCUGGGUAAAGAAGGGGCAAUCCGCUGGAGCAGCAGCACAGGUGAACUUGGAGUACAACGGGAACGUGUUGAGGAGUGUUGUCAAUAAUCAAGGUAGCAUGCUGAAGAAAGGAACUGACUACAUUACCACCGCAACGGGGUUCAAUCUCACGUCGGCGUAUUUUGACAAGGUUACCAGUAACGCAGCUGUCGGUGUGAGGGAUACGUUGACAGUCAAGAGUUCAGCUGGUAUUCAGCUUCCACUUGAUGUCACAGUGUACGAUACUCCAACUGUGGCUCAGAACGUAUACGAACUUACGAGCACGGCCGAUUUGAGCAUCCCAGUUGUGUGGAAUGGAGCAAAAUUAGCGACUGUUAAAGCAGUUAGGAAGGACGGCGUAUACCUCAAAGAUGACUGGACGCAGUGGAACGGGCCUCUACAGCAAGCUCGCAUUAAUUGGGGUGACUUUGGAACCAAUGGGAACAACCUGGUCCUUUACUCCUCCAUUUUGAAUACAGUGAAGAGUUCAGGACAAGCCGUUGACUUUACCUUCGAGUUCUGGCCGAGGACUGACCAAACUAAUAAUGUUACCGUAACCGUUUCAGUCGUCUAG